AAAAAUUAAAAAAAAAAUGCAGGAUGUGGAAGAGCUUAUUGGGUUAGCACCGGAGAAAGUUCUACUGAAAUGGAUGAAUUUUCAUCUGAAGAAAGCCGGAUAUAAGAGGGUGGUCACCAAUUUUUCAUCAGAUUUAAAGGACGGAGAAGCAUAUGCACACCUGCUGAAUGCACUAGCCCCAGAAUUCAGCACAAGAUCGACACUUGAUGCAACAGAUCCAACUGAAAGAGCAAAGUUGGUUAUUGAGCAAGCUGAGAAGCUUGAUUGCAAGAGAUAUGUUACUCCCAUUGAUAUUGUUGAAGGCUCCACUAACUUGAAUCUUGCUUUUGUUGCUCAAAUCUUUCAGAAGAGAAAUGGACUAUCUGUGGACAACGAAAAGAUAUCGUUCGCAGAGUUAAUGACAGAUGAUGCUGAAACUUCACGUGAAGAGAGAUGCUUCCGCCUCUGGAUUAACAGCUUAGGAAUCGACUCUUACAUCAACAAUGUCUUUGAGGAUAUCAGGACAGGAUGGGUACUCUUGGAAAUUCUUGAUAAGAUAUCUCCAGGUUCAGUAAAUUGGAAACUGGCUACAAAACCUCCGAUAAAGAUGCCUUUCAGGAAAGUCGAAAACUGCAACCAAGUUGUGAGCAUUGGCAAAGAACUCAACUUCUCCCUUGUCAAUGUUGCUGGUAAUGAUAUUGUGCAGGGAAACAAGAAGCUCAUUUUAGCCUUUUUAUGGCAGUUAAUGAGAUUUACAAUGCUCCAACUGCUCAAGAACUUGAGGUCUCAUUCACAAGGAAAGGAGAUAACUGAUUCUGUCAUACUAAAUUGGGCAAACAACAAAGUCAAGAAAUCUGGCAGAACUUCCCAAAUGGAAAGCUUCAAAGAUAGAAGCCUUUCAAAUGGGACUUUCUUUCUUGAACUACUAAGUGCCGUAGAGCCGAGGGUUGUUAACUGGGGACUCGUCACAAAGGGCGAAAACGAUGAGGAUAAGAAGUUGAAUGCAACAUAUAUAAUCAGUGUUGCCCGAAAGCUUGGAUGCACCAUAUUUCUAUUGCCUGAGGAUAUCAUGGAGGUGAACCAGAAAAUGAUACUGACAUUGACAGCAAGCAUAAUGUUCUGGAGCCUGCAAAGAAAGGGUGCAGAUUCUGAGCCAUCAUCCCCUACCGAACCUGAAGCUGCGGAUAAUGACUCUGUUACUCCAACCGUUGAUAUUUCUAAUUUGUCGAUUGAGGAUCAAGACACCAAUAAUGAUUCUCCAGCACCAGAUGAAAAAGAUUAGUACAA